AUGGCUAUCCCGUUCAAACUCCCUACCUCGACCAAACUCCUGUUCCUUCCGACAUUCCAUUACUGCAUCAUUUCCCGAGCAUAUGCUAUUAAUUUGAUAUUGUCGACAGGGCCCUCCGCUACGGCUUUUCCCUUGGAAGUCCCGCUCCAAAUUGGCGCCGAUGACGUGACUAACUCGUCGAUGACAAGAUUACCAGUCUACACAGCAGACCAAAUUCAGGACGAUGAGAUGCCACCACGGUACAAGAGUGCCGACUGA